UGCAUUAUACAAAAUAUAUGUAAUAUUUGGAUAAUAAGAUAAACGGUAAUGAUCAUAUUAAGAAAAAAAAUUUUGUUAAGGAUUCUCGAGCAUUUACGUAAAAAUUAUAUAAAUUUUAUAAAAAAUUGAGAAAAGUAUUAACCACUAAUCAAAAAUGUUAUCCCGUAAAUCUGGACUAUGGUCGCUAGUAUCGAUCGUGCGAACUGGUGAGAACACGUCACACACAAUGGACGCUACGGUUUGUAUCUUGGUGAGCACGUAACUGUUUAUCGUGUAUUGCAUCACAAGAAAGCAAGUUAUGGUGUGCAUCCUGUGUCAAAUAAAUGAAAACCGUUAAAUGCGCUUGAAUCGAUGAGCAUUCUUUGGUGAGGUGCGAAUUGUGUUAGUGAAGAAAAACGAGUGUCACGUAAGUGUGUACGAGCCACUGAAGGUCUUGUAAAACAUCAAGGACUUAUCUUCGCAAAACAUGAACUUUUCUAAGAUUGAUGAGGAUAUAUAAUCAUUUUACAUAUCCGUAGUGGUGCCAGGACAUAGCUAAAACCUGUUUUAAUGAUGAACUUUUGUAGGCAUAGCGUUCGCGCUUUAAAAGACUAUAUAUCGAAACUUUUUCAAAAAACGGGUAUAUUAUGUGUUAUGAAAUAUACAAGAAUGUUAAGGACUGUUUAUAUUAUUCGGUAAAAGUAGGGCUAAGCAUUUCAGUUGAAAAGAUAAAUUUAAUUACACAAAUUUUUACAACCGUUAUUUUUAUGUUAUAUACGGACGAUUUAUGAUAAUAAUCGUGAAACGUCAGUUAAAACAGUAUUUUAUUACUAUAAAUUUUAACAAAAGCUAAACCAUAGCGCGAAACAAUUUUGUUUGUGCAUAGUUGGAACAAGAACACUUGUGAUAAUGGUAGAUAUAAAUUGGAAACUGCUAUGGAUUAUACACGUUCUAAUUAAAGUAUACGAAGACAAUUUUAGUAUCAAGAGUUAUAAACCAAUGCAAGUUUUUGGCCAAUGGAUUUCUUGAAUAUAAUAAAACAUUAUAAAAACUACAUCUUUUACCACAGUGACUUUAAAUUGGAUAUUAUGUGCAAUCUUCUGAAUCUUCUUAUACUAAAAACAUUACUGAGUUGUUUGCUACCGUGUAAUUAUCGUAAGAUAAAAUAUUUAAAGGUGCCUGCACAACACUGGUCUUACAUCUCCUGUAUACCUAAAAAGAUAGAGCCUGGAUGAAGGAAUCAAUAAAGAACUGAUUUUCAAGACUGUAUAAUAUUAGUUAAGAUAAACUGGAUCGAAGAAGAAGCAUGGACAGCAACGCAGAUACAGAUAAUUUAAAUCUGAGUUGUGGAGAAAAUGAUAUAGUGGAUGAGUUAAAAAUUGGAGCUGAUGAAACAUAUGAUACACGCAGUGAAGUAUCGUCUAGCAGCUCGAAUUCAGAUUCUAGUCAACCAAGUAUAAGUUCCAUUUCUACAAAAUCAUCGCGUGGGGAUAACAAGCGGAAUCGCAAAAAUAAAGGAAAACGUGCUAGAUCAAGAGAAUCUAAAUCUUCCAGUCCAGAAACUAAGCGUGCAAGAUCUAAGGACAGCAAAGGACCAGCCAAGAGUUAUGAUUAUGCAACGAAAUUGAAUUACUUAUUUAGAGAUGCAAGAUUUUUCAUCAUCAAAUCUAACAAUGCUGAAAAUGUGACCCUUUCCAAGGCCAAAGGAGUAUGGAGCACACUUCCUCAAAAUGAAGCUAAUUUAAACCAAGCAUAUAGAGAAUCUCGGAAUGUAUUGCUUGUUUUUUCUGUAAAAGAAUCAGGAAAAUUUGCUGGUUUUGCAAGACUCAGCACUGAAUCUAGAAGAGAUGGAGCACCUAUUUCAUGGGUUUUACCUCCUGGCUUAUCUGCAAAAGCAUUGGGUGGUGUAUUCAAAGUAGAUUGGAUAUGUAGAAAAGAAUUACCAUUUACAGCAACAUUGCAUUUGUAUAAUCCUUGGAAUGAUGGCAAGCAAGUUAAAAUUGGUCGUGACGGUCAAGAGAUUGAGCCUCGCGUUGCAGAAGAAUUGUGCAGAUUAUUUCCUGAAGAUGAAGGGAUAGAAAUGACCCCAAUCUUAAGAAAGUCUAAAGAAGCAGCUAAACAUAUUAUUAAAUCUACACGUUCAUAUAGAGAUAGUAGACCUAUUAGUAAUAAUAGUAGGUUUUUACGUACUCGAGGUAGAGGACGUAGACUUUUCCUGACAUCAAGAUCACGAUUAGCUUCUUUAGCUAGAGGAUCGCAUUUGUCCAGUGGAGAACAUAGAGGUUCAAGGGAUCAUCAUCAUCGAUAUACCAGUUGGUUUAAUAGAGGAGAUUCGCCUUAUUCAAAAGGAUAUGGUAACACUGGUUUGGGCGUAGCUGCUGCUGCUGAAGCUUAUGUUGCAGAUUAUAUGCGUACUAUGCAGCAUCAAUUACCUCCAUUACCACCUUACGCUGCACCACAUCCAUAUGAUUCUUUACCUCCACCACCACCACCCCCAAGAUAUUAUGAUGGCUUGCCGCUACCACCCGACUAUACCGCAGCUGCUUCGGCGCUUGAAAAACGCAGUUAUGAACGAAGUGUAGAUGAAUUUUUAUGGAGAACAGCAAGUCGUCAUAACCGGCAUAGUGACCAUCGAUCAUCUCGUGAUCACCACCAUAGAUACAGAGAUCGCAGAUAAAUCACAUUUUAAAUAUUUUAUUAAGUAUACACAUACAUAUUAAUUUGUCGAUUUAUACACAAUUUAACUAUCAAUUAUCCUUACGAACGAGCAAUAGUAUGCAUUGAUUUUAUAAAAAAGAUUUGUCUAGGCAUAGAGACUUAUUUAAGUCUGCUAUUAUAUACACUUAGAUAUUAUAUAAGCAUUUUUUAUUACUUUUAUACUACUACGUUUUAGUUCCUUCUUUUUAUGACAAAAAAAAAAAUAUGUAACUGAGUGUUAACUUCGUAACAUUUAUCCAACUAUUCUACUAAUCUAUGCUAUAACUUUAAAAAUAAUAUUAAUGUAAAAAUUCUUUUUAGUUCUUUGAAUAAUCUAUAAAAAUGGUGUCGGAAGUGUACUCUAAAUAUAAUGUACGAUAAGUAUCAUUGCUGUCUAACGUGAAUACCCUCUCUUUUUUUCUUAUGUUAUUUCUUUAGUCUUUUAUAUAGUAAUUAAUAUCAAUAUCUAUCCCGAAUAUAAGCGAGUGUAUGCAAUAUUAUAAAUGUAUAUAAUUCUCAAACUAUUAAGAUGAUUUUAUCUAAUCAUAUAAUAGAAUUGCAUUAUAUACGUUAAUCAGAACAUUGUCUUAACAUAAUUAAUAUUUUUGUAGAAAUAGAUAUCAGAUAUAAGAAAACAUUUUUAAAAAGAAAUUAACAAAUAUUGAGGAUAUUCACAUUAGAUGAUAUUAUCAACUUAAACCUAUAUUCUUUUGAAUCUUAUUGGAUAUGGAAUUCAAAUUAUACCUAUAUAUAGGCUUUACAUUAUUUUAGCAAAGUAAGAUCUUUAUAUGUGAAAUCUUGACUGUAACUUUGAUAUACUACAUGUUUUUACGGUAUACAUAUAUGUAACAUUUAUAGUCAAUUUCAUAAGUCGAUAUGUUGGCUUAAUAGAAGACACUGCCAUAAAUAAAAACAUAGAUUAACAGGGCAAUGGAAUAAAAUUUAAAUACACAAUAGGGAUAUAUGUAUGUGCAAAAGAUUUCAUAUUCUUUUAAUUCAAUAUAAAUAAUUUUUUCGAAAAUUAAUAUGUUGAACAUUAACAUAUGAAUUAGUAUUAUAUCAUAUUAAUCUAAAUUAAAUUUUAAGUAAAAAUGAUAUAUAUUAGUUAAUGAUUAUAUAUUUAACUGAAAUUUAUGUUUAUAUUUUGUUCUGCAUUUGCACUUGUAGAUUUAUGUGUGUGUUUCUCAGUGCUUUUGCAUAGUAAAUAUAACAAAAAAAAGAACGACUUGUGAAUUAUUUCAACUUCCCUAUCCUUUCUAUAUCAAAAUAAAUAAUUCGAUUAAAGAGAUCAAUCUAUAAAUACAAAUGCUUUCUAAAUAUUUUUUAUAUCUUUAUAAAUAUUUUUAUUUAUAUUGGACUUCAUCAUUUAACAUUAUUGUGUUAUGAAAUUUAAUAAAUAAAAAAGGCUAUAAUUAAUUAUAAAUGAUAAAGCGUAAAAUCAAAACUAAAAGAUAAGUAUUAUCUAUUGGACACUCCUACUGUGUUUUUGUUCAAAACGGAUGUAUAUAAUCAUCGUGGUAAAGAAUUGUAAGCGAUGAAAAUCACAUCAUCAAAAUGUCACUGAAGCUACAGUUCAUUAAAUGCAUCUUUUGUGUGAUUUUAUAUCUAUUAACAUGUUUACUUUUCUUACAAUUAAAAGCUAAACUAAAUUUAAUAAAACAUAUCUAUAUUGAAGAAAGUAAUAAAAUAAAAAAAAUAGAUCUUUCUUCAACAAUGUUUCCAUACAAUAAAACAUCUGUUAAUUCGAAUAUAAAACUAUCACGAUGUGAUAGGGUAAAACUUGAAUCAAAUUAUCAGCAGGAAAAUGGAUUAUUACUUAAACAAAUAUCAAAUACAUGUGUAAAAUAUAAUUUGAAAACUCCAUUAGUAAAAAAACAUUUCUUAUAUAGUCCUAAACAUAAAUCAUUAUAUUGUUGGAUCAGGAAGGUUGCAUCUACUAGUUUU